AUGGAGGCGAGGCGAGGGCCACUGUCCCUUACACACGACCAGGUCGCGGAGCUUCAAGAAACCUUUAACCUCUUCGAUCUUGCGGGCGAGGGUGUGAUUGAGAUGCCGAGAGUGAAGGCAUUCAUGCUCAAACUAACACCGGGUUUGACGAAAGAUCUGUAUGCUCGUGUGAUAUCAGAUGCAAAACUGGAGGGUACAGAUGCAAUUAACUUUGCGCAGUUCUUUCUUAUUGUGUCUACAAUAGGUACAGUAUUGCCUCAUUCUGGAAAAUACAAUCUUGACCAACUCAGAGAGGUCUUCGAGGCGUUUGAUCCUCGUCACAAUGGUUAUAUUGAUCUGAACCACUUUAUGCAAAUCAUGCUAGAGGAGGGGGAACCCCUUUCGCAGGUGGAAGGAAAGGAGCUCAUACUGCAUUUGCACCGUUUCGGUUGCUUGCGUAAAGGGGAAGUGAACUACCGUAAGUUUAUGUCCAAGGUGUUCUCAAGUGAUCCGGCAAAGGUUUUUUCUUCUAGUCCUUAA